AGGUGAAAGUGUGUCACCGGAGCAGCUGUCUGAGAAGAAGGACUCCCACAUUCUGGUUUUUAUCUCUGACAUCAUCAUCAUGAGAUUGUCUCAAGUUUCACAACAUCUGCUGGUGUUCAUAUCAGUCCUUUCACUCGAAAUCAUCACAUGGACAAACAGUGCAGUGUCAGCACAAGCAAUAUUCUACCCUUUCGGCUCAUCAGCUGGAGACACAAUAAAUGCUGCUGCUGAUGAUGGGAGCUCCACAGUUAUUCCACUGUCAAAUCCAUUUCCAUUCUUUGGCCGCACAUACCAGCAGAUUUAUGUUAAUAAUAAUGGACACCUCACAUUCAACCAGUCUUCAUCAGCAUUUGUCCCCUACUCAUUCCCCGCUAGCAGAAGCCAAGAUGUAAUUGCUGGUCUCUGGACUGAUCUUGACAACCGUCAGAGAGGUGUAGUUUCAUAUCGUCAGUACACCAGCGGAAAUGUCCUCACACGCGCCACUCAGGAUAUAAACACACAUUUCCCAAAUCUGAACUUCAUCGCUUCUUGGCUCUUUGUUGCAACAUGGGAUAAAGUCGCUUACUUCAACUUAAACAACACAGAAACAUCGUUUCAAGUGGUUUUAAUUUCAGGUGGUCAUUUUUCAUUUAUUCUGAUGAAUUAUGGUGACAUUGCUGUAACAGGACAGCCAGUGCAGGCUGGUUAUGACACGAUAAACUCCACACACUACUUUGUGAUUCCUGGAUCAAUCAAUGGCAGCUUCAUCUCAAACCUCAGGAACUCCAGUAAUGUUAAAGUUCCCGGUCGAUGGGUCUUCAGGGUGGACGGUGGACCAGGAAACAGCAAAAACAAUGUCAUUGGAUUAAAAAUGAGACUUUCCUCAUUUUUAGACCUGACACAGAGUGGCAGCACUGAAAUAGUUUUACAGCAAAUAAAACAGGAGCUGGUCAAGUACGGUCUGCCAAACAGCAUCGAGCUGAAGUUAAGAAAACUGCAAAAGACAAAGCUGUAAUUUCAUCUUCUUUAAGGAAAAGAAGUAAAAUCAGUUUGUUUAGCAUCUGACAACAAAUGUCCCUCACGACUGAUGACAGUUUUUCAUAAAGUUGGUUUUAUUUAAAGGAUUACAAAAGACUCUAACCAGCAUAAAAGUAUCAUACAACAGGUCCAAUGGAUCGGUAUCAAUCGUGUGUAUCAAAUGUCAGCUUCAUAAGUAAAAUAAAAUAACUAGAGCUUUACUGAAAGUAAAACUUAAAGUUUUUCCUCAUUCACAUUCAUUAGAACUAUAUCUUAUAAAGGUACAAACACUUUUCUAGGAUAAUGCACAGUGUUUGUAUAGUUUGAAUGUAUGUUGCUUUGAAUAAAAUUAAAUGUAUGUUGUAUGUAUGUUGCUUUUAAAAAAAUUUACGGGAAGUCGUGGCCUAAUGGUUAGAGAGUCAGACUCCCAAUC